AUGAUACUAUUAUCUACAGUCCUCUACAACCUGCUCCUCCAUCCUCUUCGAUCUCUUCCCGGUCCAAAGCUUUGGGCGGCGACGCCGAUACCAUACACCCGAGCAUGGCUUUCAGGACGAAUGUCGAGUAACAUUCACCGAUUGCACGAGAGAUACGGCGACGUCAUCCGCGUUGCACCAAAUCGUGUCUCCUUUGCACAUCCCGACGCUUACAAUGCCAUUCGAGGCCACCGCAAGGCUGGUCAACCAGAACACGGAAAGGACCCUGUUUUCUACAAGAUGUCGAUGCACAACAUCUUGGGCGCGAACCGUGAGGAUCACAGCCGCUUCCGUAAGAUCCUGAGCCACGGAUUCUCAGCAAAAGCGAUGCAGGACCAGCAACCCCUUAUCACGCAGUACAUCGACCUGCUGAUGGAUCGUCUGCAGGAAUUGACUAAGGGAGGACGAGAAGAGGCCGUUACGGACAUGGGCGCCUGGUUCAACUUUACAACCUUUGAUAUCAUUGGUGACCUGUCGUUCGGUGCUCCAUUUGGUUGCUUGGAGAGCAGUUCAUACCACCCCUGGGUCACGGCCAUCCUCAAGGGCGUCAAGGAAUUCGCCAUGUUGCUGGUUAUGAACUGGUUUUUCCCCAGUUUUUCCAGAGUCGUCAAGGUUCUGACCCCUUGGCACCACCCAGCAAAGCAUACCAAUGAACAGGCUGAAUUCGCCCGCGUCCAGGUGGUCAAGCGACUCAACUCUGGUGUUGAAAGACCGGACUUCGUUCAGGCCCUGACCAACGGAUCCAAGGCCAACAACGGAAGACCCUUGACAAUAGAAGAGAUGGCAAUGAACGCAAGGCUGUUGAUUCUGGCAGGAAGCGAAACCACGGCUACUGCGCUGUCGGCAACAACAUAUUACCUGGCGACAUACCACCGCGUGCAGACAAGGCUGGCAGAGGAGGUCAGAGGUCAGUUCAAAAGCGAAGAUGAGAUCAACUUCUUCAGUGUCAACAGAUUGACAUAUAUGCUUGCCGUUUUGGACGAAGCAAUGAGAUUAUUCCCGCCUGUACCGGCCAAUCUUCCACGCAAGGCGGCCAAAGGUGGGGACGUGAUUCUGGGAUGGCAAAUUCCAGAGAAUACCGGCCUCGAGAUCUGGCCGUGGGCUGUGAACCACCUUUCCCGCAACUUCACUGAGCCCGACAAGUUCAUCCCCGAGCGUUGGCUUGGAGGAGAUAGCUUUGAAGGCAUAGUGUUCGACAAGAGUAGACACAGUGCACUGCAGCCAUUUUCAGUUGGCCCACGAAACUGCAUUGGCAAAAAUUUGGCAUACGUCGAAAUGCGGGUCAUCCUAGCAAGGUUCAUCUGGAACUUUGACUUGGCUCUGGCCGACGAAAAGUCACAAAUGUUUCCGAAGGCAAAGUCAUUUGGUCUCUGGGUCAAGAAGCCGCUGAAUAUUCGGCUCAUUCCUGUUAGACAUGUGUCCAAAUGA